UCACCCCCCCCCCUCUCCUCUCUUCUCUCUCAUCACACCCAGCAGCACGCAGCGCUCUUCCUCGGAUCACUGCUGCUCCUUCCUCAUCCUUCGUCCCCAUCCAAGCUGACGACCUCGCCUAGAUCCGAUCCGGCCCGCCGCCCGCCCCGACCGGAAUCCCCGAGGGUUUGUCGGGCUUGCUGAUGGUUUACGAUGGCGCCGUGAAGGACCAGCAGGAGAGCGAGUCGUCCAGGCCGGUGUUGUCGUCUUCGGCGGCUGCGGAGGCUGAGGCGGGGGCGGUGACUGCGACAGUGGUUGCUGAGGGAACGGCGGCAGGGGAGCAGGUGGGGGAGAGGGAGAGGGAAGGGGAGGAGGAGACGGUUGUGGGUGAGCGGCCGGGGAGCGACAAGCGGCUCGGCGUGCGGCACCCGUUGAAGUACCGCAGGUUCCGCGCGAGGGGGAAGACGAUGGUGGAGCCCGGAGGGAUCAUCCCGCCCUCGCUGGCGAUGGACGGGGAGGGAGCUGGUGAGGUUGAAGAGGAGGAGGCGUCUCCCGAGAGGGAGGUCCAGGCUGGUGUGGUGGAGGUGGAGGUGCCAUUGGCGCCGGUAGAGAUGGAGGUGGAUGAGGUGGUGGAGUCACCCGCAGCAGCAGCUGUGGCUGUGGGGGAGCCGGAGCUGGACGGGCCAUCGGUCGAGGAUGAGGAGGACGAGGAGAUUUCCUCGUAUUUGCUGGCCAAAGAGGCCGCGAGGAAGAAAGGGAUUGUAGCCGCCGUGCCCGUGCGGAGUGUGGAGGUGCCCAAGGAUCAGGACCAAGAGAAGGAGAGGAAGGAGAAGGAGCGGCAAAGGGAGAGGGAGAGGGUCGACGAGGUCGGCUACAUGAGCGGCGGAUGCAAGAGUGAUGAUGGAAUUCUGAGUUGUGGAUAUUCAAGUUUUAGAGGGAAAAGGGCAAGCAUGGAAGACUUCUUUGACAUAAAAUCAUCGAAAAUUGAUGAUCAAAAUAUAAAUCUCUUCGGAAUAUUUGAUGGUCAUGGUGGCUCCCGUGCUGCUGAGUAUUUGAAGGAGCACUUGUUUAUGAACCUCAUGAAACAUCCGGAGUUCAUGAAAGAUACAAAACUAGCAAUAAGUGAAACAUACAAAAAAACCGAUUCUGAUUUUUUGGAUUCUGAAAGCAACACCCAUAGAGAUGAUGGGUCAACUGCAUCGACAGCAGUUUUGGUUGGAAAUCAUCUUUAUGUGGGAAAUGUUGGUGACUCUCGGGCUGUAAUAUCCAAGGCGGGCAAAGCUAUUGCACUCUCUGAUGAUCACAAGCCAAACAGAAGUGAUGAGAGGAAAAGAAUUGAGAGUGCUGGUGGGAUUGUUAUGUGGGCUGGAACUUGGAGGGUAGGUGGUGUGCUUGCAAUGUCUCGGGCAUUUGGCAACCGCUUGUUGAAGCAAUAUGUUGUUGCAGAACCAGAGAUUCAGGAACAAGAAAUAGAUGAUGAAUCUGAGUUUCUGAUUUUGGCUAGUGAUGGGCUGUGGGACGUGGUUCCGAAUGAGGAUGCUGUUUCGCUGGUGAAGAUGGAGGAGGAACCUGAGGCGGCAGCCCGGAAGCUGACAGAGACGGCCUUCGCCCGAGGGAGCGGCGACAACAUCACAUGCAUUGUCGUGAAAUUCCAGCACGACAAGACCAGCUGCAGCGGAGACUGCUCCUCCUCUCCUCCAGGCGACAAGGCCUGAUUCCAUCCAUUCUGUCCGUUAUACAUGUUGUCAGAGGUCGUCUUAACUUAUGAGCCGGACUAUUGCUGGCUUUGUUCGUUGGUGGUAAUCGUUAGACUCCUAGUACAAUGGCGCGGCUUUUAAGACUUGAAAACUUUAGAAAAGUGAGACUGCCCUCCAUGCCCGUUGCGCAUGCCUGUAUAUCCAUAGUUUUGGUGCCUCUGGUGGUAAACCGGUACAUACAUACAAGCCGUGGUGCUAGUUACAUCUUAAACAGCUGGUACAUUGGUUGGUGUUGUUCGCCCGUUCAGGUAA